UAGGCAACCCCCAGUCCGGCAGUCCCCACCGCCUGACCUCUUUGUUUCGUACCCCUCUUCCUAGAACGACGACCAAGGAGAAAAGGAAAAGGAGAUUGCGGACAUAUGGAGGUCCCGCGUGGGCCCUGGAGGAAGCGGAAGGGCAAGGACGCCGCGGGGGCGGGCCCGGCCGUCCCGGCAGCGGACGCCGGCGACAGGAACAGGCUCCUGGCGGGGUACCUGGCGCACGAGUUCCUCGCGCGUGGCACGGUCCGGGGUGAGCGGCGCGCGGCCGGCGGGCCGGGCACGGGCUCCGAGGCGGGCCAGGAGCAGGCCUUCGUGCGGUACGAGGCCUUGGCCGCGCUGGUGCAGCACGGCGGAGCCCGCGUGCCCGGGGUGGUGAACCCCGCGCAGCUCGCCGCGUGGGCGGCGGCGACGACGAGGUGAGGAGGCGGCUAGGCCACGAUGAAGACACAAGGUCUGUAGAGCUGUGUUCCAAUCGAUGUUUGUUUUUGUUUGUAAUCUGAAGUAGGAUUUAAUCAAAGCUGCAACCCAGCCAAGACCUAAGCAUGUCUAGAGUGAACCUUCUGUCAAUUUGAAGUGAAAAAUUGCAAUAAAUCUUCCUUUUAAUUA